AUGGCGCCUCUUCAGCCGUACCGGGGCCCUGUUCGCAAGCUCGUUGUAGCGAUGGAUAUCGGGACAACUUAUUCAGGUGUGGCUUACGCGUUUCUUGACCCCGGGGAAGUACCGAAGAUUCAAGGGGUCACCCGGUUUCCCGGUCAGGAGAACGCGGCAGGAGAUUCGAAGAUUCCAUCCAUCCUGUACUACCGUCAAGACGGCACUGUACAUUCCGUGGGCGCUGAGGCCGCCAUUCCAGGCAUAGAACUUGAAGCGGAAGACGAGGAUCUGGUAUUCGUGGAAUGGUUCAAGCUGCACCUUCGUCCCGAAACACUCGAUUCCAACGAGAUCAAGCGACGCGACCUACCCCCUCUGCCCAAAGGCAAGGGCGUGCUGGACGUCUUCGCCGACUUCACUCGAUACCUCUUCCAAUGCACUCAGCGUUAUAUCAAGGAGACGCACGCAAACGGUGCGAGCAUAUGGAGCUCCGUCGAGGACCGAGUCGAGUUCGUGCUAUCCCAUCCCAACGGAUGGGAGGGCCUGCAGCAGGGCAAAAUGCGCCAGGCUGCCAUCAUGGCUGGCCUCGUGCCCGACACGCCGGAUGGCCACGCGCGAGUACAAUUCGUGACGGAAGGAGAGGCGAGUCUCCACUUCUGUAUCCGGAGCGGAUUGACAUCGGACGGCCUUUCCGACGGGCAGAACGUGAUGGUCGUCGACGCUGGAGGAGGAACGGUCGACAUCAGCAGCUACGCGUUCAUCUCGACCAGUCCCCUAAACGUCGAGGAAAUCGCCUCUGCAGAUUGCCUGAUGCACGGGUCCACGCGUGUGAAUGCAAGGGCGAAGACGUUCUUGCAGAAGAAGCUGAAGGACUCUGCGUAUGGCAACGAGGAGGACAUCAAGGCGAUGCUGGACUAUUUCGACAAAUCUACCAAACCAAUAUUCAAGGAUGCGACCGAGCAGUCGUACAUCAAAUUCGGGUCGAUGAGGUGUAACGAUCCGGGAGUAAAUAUUCGUCGGGGACAGCUGCUAUUGUCUGGGCUGGAGAUGGAGGCGCUCUACAAGCCCUCUCUCGAUGCUGUCGUCGAGGCUAUUCAGAAACAGCGUCAGACGGCUACGUGUCCGAUAUCCACCAUCUUCCUUGUGGGCGGCUUCGCCGCGAGCCCCUGGCUUUAUAGCAGCCUGCAGCAAGUAGUCAGACCUCUCGGGCUCGCUGUUUGCCGUCCAGACACCCAUACAAACAAAGCUGUUGCUGAAGGAGGCGUCUCGUUCUAUCUCGAACAUUUUGUGUCUGCGCGCAUCAUCAAGAUGACCUACGGAACAAUCUCCAGCGCCACCUACGACCAGACCGAUCCCGAGUGUGUCGCUCGCAGCUAUAGGAAGAACACUCGCCCAUCAGGCCGUUUCGUAGUGCCGGGCGCCAUCGGUACACGCAUUCGCGGCGGCGAGGAGAUCGCCAAGGCAUAUCACAGGGAGGCGUCAGAUUCGAACAAGGAUCAUUUGAAUACGACAACAUCGACAAUCGUAUGCUACCGCGGGAAAAGAGAACGACCGAGAUGGCCUGACCUCGAACCUGAGUGCUAUACCACCCUCUGUACCGUGACGGCGGAUACAUCUGCAGUAGUCAAAACACCGUACAGAGGCCCCUGCGGCUUCUACUACAUCCAGAAAUUCGACAUCAUACUGCAGUGCGGCCUCACCGAGCUUCAAGCCCAGAUACGGUGGAAACAAGAUGUAAGUAACUCGCGCAGAGGCCCGGCCAAGAUCGUUUACGAUGACGAUCUCGAGUCUGCGCAAGACUGA